AAUUCUUUAUAUUCGUGCUCAGACCUCACUUAUCAGUAAUCACUAUCGUCAUUCGUCAUUUGUCUCCCUCGGACCUGCUCAGUGCUCAGACCACGACAUAUUAGUGUUUAACUGUUAAUUCGUUUGAGGACGUUGAAAUAAUAUAUUGCUACCUAUUUAUUUGAAUACCUAUUUCACGUUUUGGGCAAUAAAUUUACAGAUGGCCAGUGUUGUCGUCGUUGGGUUGGGUCUGGCCGUAGCUGGUUUUGCUGGUCGACAAGUAUUAAGAGCUGCCCCACAUGUUGCUCAAAAGAUGAGCGAAGUUCUCAAAACAAUGACAUCCGAAUCUGGAAUUUUGUCGAGUAGUAAAUUUCAUAAAGGUGGAUUUGAACCUACCAUGUCUAAACGUGAAGCCACUCUCAUACUCGACGUAUCAAAUAAUGCUCCAAAAAACAAAAUAAAGGACGCACACAAACGAAUCAUGUUGAUCAAUCACCCGGAUAAGGGCGGUUCACCGUAUAUAGCUGCAAAAAUAAACGAUGCCAAAGAUCUUCUAGAUAAAAAGUAAACAGCCGGUCUUUUUAAGCAAAGUCCACGGAAUCGUAGUGUAAAUAUGUGAAUGUACAAAAAUAUAGAUUUAUAAUAAAAUUUGUUUGUCGUAAA